AUGUCUUCUAGUCUUGUUCGCGUCUUUCCCAUUGAUGGCUUUGAGCGACUCCCAGUAAAUAAAAAAAUCGAAGAGAAAGAGAUAAUAGGUUACAAGCCGGAAAAGUUCUAUCCGGUGCGGUUGGGCGAGGUAUUCAAACACAGGUACCAAGUACUCGCAAAGCUUGGCUUUGGCACAUCAUCUACUGUUUGGCUUUGUCGCGAUCUAGACGUCCCGGAUUCAUCAGUAUUCGAAAAGAUUGAGCAAUUGGAGCUAGAGCAUCCGUUGGCCCGCAAGAUCCUUCUGGACCGUGUUAUCUACCUGCACUACGAUAUGCCCAUAUUAAGUGGCACACCGAUUCUCUGUGAUUUCGGCGCUGCUAGAAUAAGCGAGAGGCACUCUGGAGAUGUAAUGCCCGCCCUGUAUCGAGCUCCUGAAGUCAUCUUGAAUAUGCAAUGGAGCUCCAAGAUAGACAUAUGGUCUGUUGGAGUGAUGUUUGGGGAUCUUUUUGAAAAGCAUAAUUUUUUCCAUCCCAUCAAAAAGGGGCCCCUGGAGGAUAAAUUGCCCUUGGCCCAGGGGGGCCCCCCCCCCCCCCCCCCCCAGGACCCCCACCACGAAGCUCCAGAGAGCGAAGCGAGAUGUGCCGUCAGUACUGGGAUGCAGAAGGAAUGA